AUGUAUCGAGCGCUGUAUUUUGGCUUUGGCCUGUUGGGCGUUGCAUCUUUCGAGGUGCAUCCCGAUCGGGCAGACAUGAUAGCAGAAAUCCAGCGUACACCAGGAGUUACCUGGGUCCCUGGCGUCGUGGAGCGUUUUGCCGCAGAGGCGCCUGGAGCCUCAAAGAGCCUUUGCGGCGUAAAAGGCAACACGACGAAGUCCAUCGAGUCGGCAGUCAAGCGAGGAGAGAUCCAGCGCUUCUUUGAGACGGAUGGAGACAUCCCGGAGGAGUUCGACUCGGCAGCGCAGUGGCCAGAGUGUGAGAAGAUGAUCGGUGACAUCCGUGACCAAUCUCACUGCGGCUGCUGCUGGGCCUUUGCAGGGGCUGAAGCCGCCUCUGACCGAAUGUGUAUUGCAACGAAGGGCAAGACGAUGAUUCCCAUCUCGGCCCAGGACGUGUGCUUCAAUUCCAACCCAGAUGGUUGCGACGGAGGGCAGAUUGAUACACCAUGGCAAUACAUCAAGGACACCGGUGCUGUCAGUGGUGGCCAGUACAAAGGAACAGGUCCUUUUGGGCUUGGCCUUUGCAGCGACUUCUCGCUGCCCCAUUGCCACCACCAUGGCCCCAAAGGCAAGGACCCGUACCCUGCCGAGGGCUCAAAAGGCUGCCCACAGGCUGAGUCUCCCUCGGGACCAACGCAGUGUGACACCACAGCCAAAGCGCCUCACAACGAUUUCAAACAGGACAAGUAUUCCUACAAGGGAAAGACGCAGACAGCAUCUGGGGAGCGGGCCAUCCAACAGAUGAUCAUGGCCGGUGGACCCGUGGAGACCGCGUUCGAUGUGUACUCAGACUUCGAGCUCUACAGCCAUGGGAUCUACCACCACGUGAGUGGUGGGAUGGUAGGCGGACAUGCCGUGCGAAUGGUCGGCUGGGGCGUCGAUGGCGGUGUGAAGUACUGGAAGAUUGCAAACUCCUGGAACCCAUACUGGGGUGAGAAAGGGUACUUCCGCAUGAGGCGUGGAACCAACGAAGGUGGCAUCGAGAAUGGUGUUGUUGGCUCUUCCAGUGAUGCAGAGUGGGGGCGCGGAGCGGGCGCCGCAAUCGUCGUUUGA